AUGACUAUUCGUGUUAGUUCUUCCAUAUUCACCCCCGAGGUGUUGAUUUCUGCACCUCGGAGAUCACCAGCAACUCCAAACGCAGAUGGUAAAUUGGCGUUAUAUACCGUAUCGACCUACUCUUUUCAAUUUCACUCCAAGAGCUCCAGAAUCAAUGUCUUAGAUAUUGCCACUGGUGAAAGUUCAACUCUGAGCCAUGAUACGAGUGACAUUCUUGCUCCGGAUGUUGUGGCCAUAGCUGUUACUGGCUUGGCGACUCCAUCUGGAAAGUUAUAUAAUGCUGAGACAGCCAAGAAGCCUCUAUCAACGGCUAAAACAUACUCAAAGCUAUUUGUGAGAGAAUGGGAUUCAUGGGUUACGGAAAACAAGAACGCCAUCUGGUAUGCAACGAUCACAAAAGGCAGGGAUUCCGGUAAUGUUCAUUUUUCUGAACUGGUGAACGCUUUAGCGGGCCAUAAAAUAUCUCUCGAGUCUCCAGUGCCACCAUUUGGAGGAACAGGGGAUUUUGAUAUCAGCAAAAACGGCAUAGUUUUUGUUGCCAAAGAUCCCAAGAUUGACCCAGCCAACUACACGAAAACAGAUCUAUACUACAUUCCCCUAAAGACAUUCACAGAGUCUGAAGCUCCUACUCCCCAGUUGGUCGAGACUGGCAAUCUAAAAGGCUACAGUCUAGGGCCAAUGUGGUCCCCAGAUGCAAAGUCGGUGAUUUUCACAAGAAUGAAAAGCAUUCAAUACGAGAGUGACAAGACAAGACUUUUGUUGAUACCUGAUAUUACUGACCUCACAAAUGUCCAAGAAUUCUUCGAAACGGAGGACGGAAAAGGUGGAUGGGACCUGAAACCCGAGAAUGUUACUUUCAGUCGAGACGGGAAAGAAAUAUACGUAACAGCGGAAGAGAACGGUCGAGUGAAACUAUUCAAGCUACCAGCUUCUCCGCGCCUCGCUACAAAAUUACCCGAAGCUCUAACCAGUAACGGAACAGUUACGGACAAGCACGUUCUUCCAAGUGGUGAAUUAUUCCUCAGUGGGAAUUCCUUGAUUGAUAACAGCGUCUAUUCGAUUAUUAACCCUGCUGAACCCUCCAAAAAAAUUACCGUUUCAUCUAGUUCUGAUGAGGGAAAAGCUUUCGGGCUUUCACAGAAGCAAGUCGAUGAAUUUUGGUUCACAGGAGCCGAAGAUUAUAAAGUCCACGCGUGGGUAGUUCGACCAUCAAACUUCGAUGAAAACAAGAAGUAUCCUCUUGCGUACCUCAUUCAUGGUGGACCACAAGGUGCGUGGAAUGAGGGAUGGAGCACGCGAUGGAACCCAGCGGUCUUUGCCGAACAAGGCUAUGUUGUGGUCACUCCAAACCCCACUGGAAGCAGUGGUUAUGGUAUGGCCUUGCAAGAUGGUAUCAAAGGCCAGUGGGGAGGACGACCAUAUAUUGACCUUGUGAAAGGGUUCGAGUACAUUGAGAAGAACCUAUCUUACGUCGAUACCAACCGUGCUGUAGCAUGUGGAGCUAGCUAUGGUGGAUUCAUGGUAAACUGGAUUCAAGGCCACGAUUUGGGCCGUAAAUUCAAGGCUCUCGUAACCCACGAUGGUGUCUUCUCAACCCUGAACCAAUACGCAUCCGAAGAGUUAUUCUUCCCUCAUCAUGAUUUCGAAGGUACCCUCUGGGACAACCCUGAGGGAUACCAGAAAUGGAAUCCAGCCAGCCACACUGCAAACUGGCAAACACCCCAUCUAAUUAUCCAUAAUGAUUUAGAUUACAGACUACCCAUCUCAGAGGGUCUCGCCCCCUUCAACGUGUUGCAGACACGUGGAGUGGAAAGUAGAUUUUUGACCUUCCCAGAUGAGAAUCAUUGGGUGUUGAAGCCUGAGAAUUCUAGAGUCUGGCAUAAGGAGGUGUUCGACUGGAUUAAUAAAUACAGUGGUAUCACCAAGGAAAAUGAAGAGUUGAGAAGAGAGAUUGAGAAAUUGAGUGUGAUCUAG